UGCUGUGCCAGGGAGGAGGAGGAAGCCAUGGCGCCCCGGGCGGCUAUGGCGAUGGCGAUGGCGAUGGCCAACAAAGAGAAUGCGGCCUCCUGGAGACUUGAACAUCCUCGAUCCAGCCAACAAUCUUGACGAAGAGGACGAGGACGACGACGAAGAUCCUCCAAUCUCGCGGCCGGCGCAGCGAGCGAACCGAGCUACGAGCGAUCGAUGGAGGAAUCAUCGCAAGGGUUUCCAGCGGCGGGCGAAGGCGAUGGAGGCUUAGGGUUUGUGGCAGCGGUGUACAUGGGUCAAGAUCACAUCGGCGAAGUGAGGGUGCGAGCACAGUCGCCACUUCCUCCGCCGCUCCUCCUCCGCCCCAGGCCGCCGCCGCAUUCGUCGUCAUCGUCAUCGCCACCACUCCUGGCGGAGUCGCAGUCGCAGCCGCAAGCGAUGACGACAGCGACGGCGACGGCGACGACGUCAACGCUGGUCAGCGCGGCGACGACCAUCACGGCCGCGACGACGAGCGGGAGUGUGGAGGUUGCUCGAUCGGCGCUGGGAUCGGGCAUUCGCGUCGCCGCCCUCUCGCCGCCCAGCGAGCGAUGCCAUCCUCUGGUGGUGAUCCAUACGGUGUCCAUGGAUCCGGUGUGGUUGAAGCUGGAUGAUCGGCACAAGACUUCUUCCUCAUCGCCACCACCACCACCAUCGACAUCGCCACGGCAAUUGGACGGAGAUGGAGCUCGAUCGUCGAGCCCACUGCGCCAUCUCUACAAGACUUGCAUCGAGGAAGCAAAGGCGGCUGUGGUACCCAUGGAUGGAAACGUGGAAUUGCUCCUGGUGGCCGUGAAGAGCGAGACGAGCAGCAAUGGGGAGCAAAAGGAGGAUGGUUGCUUCUUCUGGGCGUUCGUGCUCCCGCGGGGCCUCUACGCGUCCUGCCUCGCCAUGCUCAGCACAAGGUGCCUGGCCAUGGUUCUGGAUCUGGACGAGACGCUCAUACUGGCCAACACGAUGCGCUCCUUCGAGGACCGGAUGGACGCGCUCAAGGCCCAGAUCGACAAGCAGCGCAUCCCGCUGCCCAACAAAGGCAUGGACGCGCAGAAGCUCGCAUGCCUCACCGCCGAGCUCAAGCGCUACUCGGACGACCGUGCGCUGCUCAAGCAGUUUGUGGAUAGCGACUGCGUGAUCGUGGACAACGGGAGGAUCAUCACGGCGCAGCUUGAGGAGGAGGUGAUGAGACCAGUGAUUCGAAUUCCGGAGCGCAACAUCAUUCUCACCCGCGUCAACCCUGCCGUGAGAGAUACGAGCGUUUUGGUGAGGAUGAGGCCGGCAUGGGAAGAGCUGCGAAACCACUUGGUGGCAAAAGAUCGCAAGCGCUUUCAAGUCUACAUUUGUACCAUGUCGGAACGAGACUACGCAAUGGAAAUGUGGAGAUUACUCGAUCCAGGGGCGCGUCUCAUUGAAUCCACAGAGCUCCAGCGAAGACUGGUUUGUGUCAAAGCAGGCUCGAAGAAAUCUUUAUCAAGCAUGUUUGAGCAGCUGCAUUGCCAUCCCAGGAUGGCCAUGGUGAUUGAUGAUCGUCCCGAAGUUUGGGAGGACAAGGAUCAGCCUCAUGUUCAUACUGUUCCUGCAUUUUCUCCUUACUAUGCACCACAAGCGGAGGCUAGUGCCCCGCUUCCAGUUUUGUGGAUCGCACGAAAUGUCGCAUCGAAUGUCCGGGCUGGUUUCUUCAAGUACUUUGACGAAGUCCUCCCGCAAAAGCUUUCUCAAGUUAAUUUUGAUACAAACGGCUUGACGCUGCCAGACCCUCCUUCCGCUGCGAAUUACUUCACUAUCGAGAUUGAAAACGUGAUCCCAGAGAACAACAACUGUGUACCGAAAUAUUUCCCCGAUGGUAUCACGGGACCAGAGGUCGCGAUGGCCUUGUCACGCAAGGAUCUGCAAAAUGGCCACGCACACCAAAAUGGAGAGUUAGCUCCAGCAGCCGGUGGCUGGCUGGAAGCGGAGGACGAGGAACAAGCGCAGCCGGAUUCACCAUCAAACAAAUCAUGUGAAGCAAAAACUAGUGGAAAAUGUCAGCAACAGGAGCAUGCAAAUGGCAAUGACCUAGCAGUCUUAAAAGAUUUAGAGAGGCUAACUAUUAUUGCCAAAGCAUUAGAUCUUUCAGAUCUCCUUGUAGCGCUCAGGGACUUUGGUGACAAAUCUAAAACGCAAGUUGAAUUCCGGUGUUCUAUUCGGCCAGCUCAAGCACUACAAUUCUCUGCUGAGGUGUUUUGCGAUGGAAUUAGGAUUGGUGGUGGUGAGGGAAAAACAAACAAGGAAGCCAAGACUCGGGCAGCUGAGGAUGCUUUUAAGUACUUGACAAAGUCAAGCGACUUAUUACGGCAGGAUGAGGACGUAGGCAAUGCCAACGCUUCGCAUUCCACGCCGAAAGGAAACCAUGAGAAGAAGGCUCCAAGCUUCAACGCGGUUGCCGCACUGAGAGACAUGUGCAAAAUCGAAGGAUCCAAGGUUGAAUACCUGGAGCGAGAUUUUUCCAAGGGGAUUUACAUCUGCGAGGUGGAAGUUGCCGGGGAAGUUUUGGGGAAAGGCAGCGGGCCUGAUUGGGAGUCCGCGAGACACGAGGCUGCAGCGCAGGCUUUAAGAGCAGUGGCGGCUCCAAAAAGGAGUACACACACAAACACACACAAAAAGCGGUAUAGUCCACCACCGGCAAGGCUAACGAAGCGAACAAGGAACGGUGAUGCGUUGAGGCCACCUCCGGCACCAUCGUCAACCAACCGAGCAAGCUCGAGAGAGAGAACCGCUUCUCCAAGAAGGCCGAAUAGCUAUUAUAACCAGCGGAGUAGAAGAAGAUGAGAUUUUUAUAUCGACUUGCUUCCAACAAGUCCAAGCACUGUAAGUAGCUAACUUAAAACGACAAACGAGGAGUCCAGGAAGGUCUGUUCCUCGUGAAUUUAUCUCAAGUU